AACGCAGUCCAAGCCUUAACACGGUGCGGUCAUGUUGUCCGCGUUUAGCGUACUCACGUCACACAUUUUAUUAUUAUUAUUAUUAUUGCUACCAUUAUUAGUAUUAUACGUUCUUCAUUUACAUUGAGGAGGACGUCGCGGCGACUACAAGGACUACUAAACAACACGCGUUUUCACGGACACAUCGAAUUAUUUCAUUUAAAACGAAGAAAAUCAGCAGCAGUUUUUUUCAAGCACGCGGUCUUUUCAUUUUCGUUUUUAACUAAACACUAAAUCCGUUUAUAAUAUUUAAAAAAUAAAGUAUAAAAUGAUAUCGCGUGUGUGUUGUGAGUUUUUUAUAAAUUUUCCGCCGCGGAUUUCUUCUUCCUGAAAAGUUUGAAAAUAAAAAGUUCUUAGUUAUUUCUUUUUUAUAAAAAGAAUUUUUAUUUUUUUGAAGUAAAGUGUCGCAUUACUUUAUCCUGGUUUGUACUUCUUCUUCGGAUCGUCAACUCUUCGAAAGUGUGGAUACGAUCAGGAAUGCUUGCAGGGCGUCCGGUCGGCGAGCAUGUGAUGCGCCGCGAUGCCAACAUUGUCCGCGGCGCCUGAGCACUGUUCCGGCGGCCGCAACGAGCGGCACGAGAAACCCCCGUCCGAGAUGAGCCCGGAGCAGGAAGCGAGUCCACCGCCGGCAGCGCCGGGAGCGUCACCGCCACCGGCGCCCACGCGCCUGCCUUCGCCGGCGAUGUCCCAACAGGACACCUCAGACGUCGAACAAUUCGCCGGGAAGAUCGUCUAUAAUCCGGACGGAUCGGCAUAUAUCAUCGAGGAUUCGGAAAGUGAAAACGAAACGACUCCUACACCUCCGGUUCCUGAAGUUGUGCCGCCCCUUCAUGCAGUCUACGUUUCAAGACUAAUGAGACAACCGACGAGGGCGUCCGAAUUACCGGCCGUGCAUAGCUAUCGUGUCGUCGCUCUUAGGGACGCUCGACCUCCGAGGCCGGCGUCGGUGCCGGUUAAACCAAUUCUAAUGUGUUUCGUGUGCAAACUGAGCUUUGGUUUUGCGCGGUCCUUCGCGAACCACGCGCAAUCCGAACACGGCGUUUCUCUGAAGGAGAACGAACGCGAAGUGCUGUCCGCGGACUGUUCAGCAAUCCUCCAGUGCGUCGGUGCGGACAAAAGGCCGAUGGUCUCGCUCUUGGAGCCGCUAGGCGCCGCGCAGCCUGCCGAGAACCAUCACAAUACCAUGCAGGUGACCGUCGCGAAUCCGAACGUGGAGACGACGCCCCCACCGUGCUCUACGUCGAGGAACACACCGGGGAAAUCGCCCUCGCCUCCUUUCGCUACUCCACCCGCUUUUCUCACCGGCACAACGAUAGGAGUGUGUCCGGAUCAUCUUCAGGGAAGACCAUCUGGAGCGGAAUGCACCAGAUGCGAAAUGAUUUUAGCAUCCGGCCGAUUGGGACCUGCCGGAUUAGGGAAUGUUCACAGUAGGAAUUCUUGUAAAACACUAAAAUGUCCUAAAUGCAAUUGGCAUUACAAAUAUCAAGAAACCCUUGAAAUACAUAUGAAGGAAAAACAUCCCGAAGCAGAAACGAGUUGUAUUUACUGUAUAGCAGGGCAACCGCAUCCUCGAUUAGCCAGGGGAGAAACGUACACGUGUGGAUACAAACCUUACCGAUGCGAAGUUUGUAACUAUUCUACGACAACCAAAGGGAACCUAAGCAUUCAUAUGCAAUCGGAUAAACAUUUAAAUAACAUGCAAGAACUGCAAAACGGUGGUGCACCGAACGUGGAGGCGAGACAAGCAUCUCCAAAAGCUCCUCCAAUGCACCAUUCCCCCGUCAGCAGUGGCCAUAAACCUAAACCAAGCUUUCGCUGUGAUGUAUGUAAUUAUGAAACAAACGUCGCGAGAAAUCUACGGAUACACAUGACCUCCGAAAAACACACACAUAACAUGUUAGUUCUUCAACAAAACGUAAAACACAUGCAAACAUUAUCUGCGUUACACCAUCAACAACAUCCUCAACAACACAUGGAAAGCCUUUAUGGAAUGUAUCCAGGAUUAGGAGAUAAACCUGAAGCCGCUUUGGCUGAUAUGGCUUACAAUCAAGCUCUCCUUAUCCAAAUGAUGACCGGAGGGCAACUUCCGGGUCAUGCUGGUCCGGAAAUGACCACCCACUCCGAUAUGGGUUUAAAUCCGGAAACGAUGGAACCUCCACCAGAACCGGCGGAUCCAGAUCCGGAUAAAACGUAUCAAUGUUGCGUUUGCAACUUAUUCUCAACGGACAAUCUCGAAGAUCUCGGCAGGCAUUUAGCGCAGGAUCGCACUAGACUCAGGGAGCAGGAAAUCCUCGCCGUAGUGGCUGGCCACUACGUUUGUAAGCUCUGCACCUACAAAACAAAUCUAAAAGCCAACUUCCAGCUCCACUGCAAGACUGAUAAACACCUGCAACGACUUCAACACGUAAAUCACGUAAAAGAGGGUGGUCCAAGAAACGAAUGGAAGUUAAAAUACGCCUCUGCGCCAGGAGGUGUUCAAAUUCGGUGCAAUGCCUGCGAUUACUAUACAAAUUCGGCUCAUAAACUUCAACUUCACGCCGCCGGAGGACGUCACGACGCCGGCGUCGCACUCCUGCGCUACCUCUUGGAUCGGUGUUCUGUAUUAAGAUCUGAUCAACAACGCGUGUUUCAUUGUUCGCUAUGUGGCUUUUCGGCCGCAAAUCGACUGCCACUUCUUCAACAUGUCAAAUCAUUAAAACAUCUCCAUAUGGAGCAACUACAUCAACUGCAAAGGAGGGCUGACGGGAAAGAAACCGGACCUGAUAUUAGCGAGGUUUUUCACGUGGUACCCGGACCAGUUGAACAACAAUUACCUGAACGUCGAGAUAGCGUAAAUUCGGACGCCAAUUCGACGGAUCCGCUAAAAGACGGCAUAAAAACGGAACCGACCGACGACAGCGACGAAAUAAAAUCAGCCGCGGGCGGAAAUCACAUGUGCCCUUAUUGCGAGUUCGUGAGCGACUCAGAAAUGCGUAUCCAAGCUCACGUGUUAGCUCAGCACGGUACGAAUAGUUCCUCGCAAGAAGUCUUACGCUUGCAGUGUCCUCUCUGCCAAGAUUCGUUCAAGGAGCGCACGAGCCUCGAGCGCCACGUCAUGCAGAUCCAUUCGGUUAACAGCGAAGGUCUUCAGCGACUUUUAAUGCUCGUCGACCAAAGCCAUUGGCUCAAUAGCUCAUCGAGAACGCCUACGCCAAAUAACAACACCAGCAACAACCAAACACCACCAAAUCAAUCCGUUUCGCCUAUGUCAGUUUCGUCGAAAGAUUCACAAAAACUGGAUAAGAGCGAUUCAACACCCAUGGAUGUAGAUCCGCAUAUAUUAUCACCCAAUAGCGAUGAUACGGCCGAUUCAGAAUACGAAAGAUGUAAUACGUGCUUUAAAAAUUUUAAAAAUAUUGACGAGUUGUGCUUCCAUCAGAAUGAAACGGGUCACUUAGAGAUUAAACAGACACCAGCCGGUCCGGGGUAUGUUUGUUGGAAAAAGACGUGUAACCAGUUUUUUCCGACAGCACACGCUCUUCAGAUGCAUUUCAAAGAGGUUCACGCCAAGAACUCUAUCGCGAACAUGUCCGUAUCCGAGAAACACGUCUACAAAUACCGAUGUAACCAAUGUUCUCUGGCAUUUAAAACAUUGGAAAAACUUCAACUUCAUUCUCAGUACCAUCUAAUCCGAGACGCCACGAAGUGCGUUCUUUGCGGUCGAAGCUUCCGGUCGCUUGUAGCAUUACACAAACACGUCGAAACGGUACAUUCGGAACUUACGGACGAAGAACUUGCUGCUUAUAAACAAAGCCUCAUGAACAACCCCUUGCUACUCGCUGGUUUGCAAGGACAAGUCCUCGACAGCUCGACGAACGAUCUCCUCAAAAAGGAGUCGCUUCGAGACGACAUGGAGGAGUGCGAGGAGAAUAAAGAGCACGAUGAUAGCAAUCAAAACGACGGGGAAAAUUCCGACGAUAGCAUCAUCUAUAAAGAUCAACAGUUCCUAGAGGAUUAUCUGAAUAGUCAGGCGAUAGCCGAAGACAGUUACAACGACCCAAAUAGAAAAUAUAAGUGCCACCGGUGUAAGGUGGCGUUUACUCGUCAAAGUUACCUCACGGCCCAUAAUAAAACUUUACUACAUCGAAAGGGUGAAAAGCUCAGUUAUCCGAUGGAAAAGUAUCUCGAUCCAAAUCGACCUUACAAAUGCGACGUUUGCAAAGAAAGUUUUACUCAAAAGAAUAUUUUAUUGGUUCAUUACAACUCGGUUAGUCAUUUACAUAAAUUGAAAAGAGCGAUGCAAGAACAACAAAAUAAUAACAAUAACCCGCCGGUUUCGCCGGUUAUUGGACAAAAUCCAAACAUGUCGUUAACCCCUAAGAGUACCUCUUCGGAAGAGGACGACAAAAAGAAAUACCGUUGUAACAUCUGUAAAGUCGCUUAUACUCAAGGAAGUACCUUAGAUAUUCACAUGCGAAGCGUUUUACAUCAAACGAGAGCGAGUAAACUGCAAGAUUUGGCUUUGGCGGGGCAAAUAGAUUUAUCUAAACCGUUAAUUGAGCAACCCGAAGCCAUGCAGUCUCCGAAACAACGUAGCCCGACACCAGGUAGUGGGGAGAAGAAUUCUCCCACCCCUCCGUCACCUGGACAAUGUACAGGUAGCCAAGGGAUGUUGAGCUGUUCGAAAUGCGGGAUAUUCGUCAGUACGCAAGAGCAAUUGACCGCACACCAGCAGCUCUACUGUCUGUUUGCGACUCCAAUGGCCGUGUUUCACGCCCAAGAUGCCGGCGUCACGGCGAAAAGUCCACCGCUCGUUGAUCAAGAGCUCCUGAACAAAUUAAACUUGCCGAAGAAGACCGGCUCGCACAUGUAUAAACACUUGCUCGAGAGCUUCGGUUUCGACCUUGUAAUGCAAUAUAACGAGAACCACCAGAGGCGGCACCGGCCCCAGAGAGACACUGAAGAAAAGACACUGCCGUCGCCGCAACCGCCCGCGGGAAACGGUGCCGACGACGCGGACGCCGCGAGGCCGCCCCUUGAGGAGGACCAGGCCGAAACCGCCCUACCCGAAGUAAGUAGAUCAACGUGCCAACAUUGCAAUAAAGAAUUCUCUAGCGUGUGGGUGUUAAAGUCUCACUGUGAGGAAGUACAUAAAGAUUUAGUGCCACUAGAAUUCUUAGAAAAGUAUGCUCAACAGUUCAAGAACGAAUACGAAAAGAAAUCCGUCGUCGUAACGGCGGCCACCUCCUCAUCUACCGUUUCCACUCUAAACACCGCCGCAACGAGCGCUGUCCCGACGCCGCCCGCAGACCAUGCCACGCCGGAAAAGACCCCCGAAGACGAAUCCAAAGAAGCGGUCCAAGCCAAACUUAAUCUACAUACCCCUCCGGAAGCGACAUCGACGGCCCCGUCAACGCCAACCUCUUCGUCAACACCCGUUAGCAACGCCGAAACUUUACCGGCUAAUAUACAAGCGAUGCUUGCUCAAACUAUGGCACAGAAUCCGAUGGCGUUAGCCCAACAAAUGUCUGAAAUGCAAGCAGCCAUAAAUGUCAUGCAAUUACAACAAUUGAACUUUAACCCGAUGAUGCAGAUGAUGGGAAUGGGAUUACCGAUCGGCCUAAAUGCUUUAGCGGCUAUGAACCUUCAACCGCCUUUGGUUCCCCUGAUGAUGCCGCCACCGCCGUACGACCCCAUGAACCAAUUCAACCCUCAAGAUCCGCAAGCUCUGAUCGCCAAGCAACAGGCCAUUAUGCAGCAGCAAGCGGCCGUGAACGCGGCGGCGAAUCAGAAGAGAGCCAGAACCCGCAUCACUGACGACCAACUUAAGAUUUUGCGUGCCCAUUUCGACAUCAACAAUUCCCCAUCUGAAGAACAAAUCCACGAUAUGGCAGCUCAGAGCGGACUACCACCUAAAGUCAUUAAGCAUUGGUUUAGAAACACCUUGUUCAAAGAGAGACAACGCAACAAGGACAGCCCGUAUAAUUUCAAUAAUCCGCCAUCAACCACGUUGAAUUUGGAAGAAUACGAAAAGACUGGGGAAGCCAAAGUUAUUCCGUUAACCAAUUCAAGCGCAGAAGAUUGCGUUAAAAAUAAAACACCUCCUCCAUCUACACCAGAACUUAAAACAGAGAUUAAAGAAGAACCGAUGGAGGAACCUCAGUUGAUUAAAUGUGAAGAUAAACACGAUGAACAAGACGAUAAAUCGUUGGUGUUUAACACCAGCCAAACGUCACAGAGUCCGAUUCCACCGAUAAGUUCAGUUGACAAUCUAUCAAUGCCAAACACACCUCAAAAUAACUUGACUUUAACAUCGAUCAUAGCGUCACAACUGGCAGACACUCUGACCACGACCACCCCCACAAUGAACGUCACACCUUCAAGUCCAAUGCUACCGCCACCAAAAUUGAACCAACAAGUUUUCCCCAGUCCAAACCCGCUACAAGGCAUCCUCCCAAUGUCAACACCCAACCGAUGCCUCAGCCCAAAUAGAGACUUCCAGGCGGGCAACUCAGGUAACUCGGUGGGAAGUACCGGAAAACGAGCUAAUAGAACAAGGUUUACAGAUUACCAGAUCAAAGUGCUCCAAGAGUUCUUCGAGAAUAACGCAUACCCGAAGGAUGACGACCUUGAGUACCUCUCAAAACUUCUCAACCUCAGCCCCAGGGUGAUCGUGGUCUGGUUCCAAAAUGCCAGACAAAAGGCGCGGAAGGUUUACGAAAACCAACCCGCCGUUGAACCGGCUCCUGGAAUCGUCGAUGAAACGGGAGCUAAUCGAUUUCAGAGAACCCCUGGUUUAAAUUACCAAUGCAAAAAAUGUUUAUUAGUUUUCCAACGAUAUUACGAAUUAAUUAGACACCAAAAAACGCAUUGCUUUAAAGAGGAGGACGCAAAGAGGUCAGCUCAAGCUCAAGCCGCUGCAGCUCAAAUCGCAGCCGUAUUAAGUUCCGAAGAUUCCAACUCCAGCACAACAAUCGAACAAAACAACUCUCAAAUACAACCAAACAAUAACCAAAUUCAACAACAGCAGCAGCAACAACAACAACAACAACAACAACAACAGCAACAACCACCACAACAACCUCAACAACAAAAUCAAAUCCCAGUAACAUCCCAAAGUCCUCUUCAACCCAAUCCAUCAACUACUCCAACACCAACAAAUUUCCCCGCAAGUCCUUUAUCAACAACUUCAACUCCAGGCGACACUAAAGAAGGUACCUUUCAAUGUGACAAGUGUAACCUCGUUUUCCCAAGAUUCGAACUUUGGCGUGAACAUCAAUUGGUCCAUAUUAUGAAUCCCACAUUAUUUUCCCAAUACUCACCCGAAUCUGCAUUCGGAAUACUUCAACAACACGCUCAGUUACAAAUAAGCGAACAAGGCAACAAUAAAUCACCAAUGAUGAACAACCCUUUAAUGAAUAUGUUAAACAAUGUGAACACGCCUAAAAGAAAAUUAGAAGAUUACGAUGGUGAAAGCGACGUUUCCGACCAACCCAAAGACAAACGGUUAAGAACAACAAUCCUUCCAGAACAAUUAGAUUACUUAUAUCAAAAAUAUCAAAUUGAAAGUAACCCCUCGAGAAAGAUGUUGGAAAAUAUCGCCCGAGAAGUAGGUUUAAAAAAAAGAGUGGUUCAAGUUUGGUUUCAAAAUACGAGAGCGCGAGAACGCAAAGGUCAAUUCAGAGCACAUGCUCAAGUCAUUAAUAAAAGGUGUCCAUUCUGUCCUGCCCUCUUCAAAGUUAAAUCGGCUCUCGAGUCACAUUUAACCACGAAACACGCUGAUCAAUGUGCGAGAGGAGAGAUCAAUAUCGAUGCGUUACCAGACGAAGAAGUCAGUUUAGAAUCCACGCCGAGUUUGAAUUCUGGCGUUGAUGGUAAAUUUCCUCCAAAUCCAAUCAUGCCACCAAUGUUUCAUCAUUUAAAUGCUGAAAUGGAAAGUUCAAUUAAAAAAUAUUACGAAGAAAGCAUGAGAAGGUACAUUAGUGAAAUCCAAGCUCACGCAGCAUCCACAAAUGGGGAUAAAAGUGAAAUUAAAGUUGUCAAAGAAGAAGGCGAAAUACCUUUAGAUUUAUCAAAACCAGUUGAUCUCUCCCGGCCAAUGAAAGUUAGUAUGGAUCAUGAAAGAAAUUUAUGUGAUCCGGGUCCCUUAACGGAUUUAAGUGAAAGAUCGUUGUGUGACGAAAGAAGUGAUACAAUGUCAGAAACGACAGAGUUUUUUGACGAUGAAAGUAACCCUACUUCUCCAGCGAGUAGUACUCAAAGUAAUCAAAGACCACCCGCCUCUUCAGGGGGCACAAAACGAUUUAGAACUCAAAUGUCUUCGAUUCAAGUGAAAGUAAUGAAAUCUUUAUUUUCCGAUUAUAAAACACCAACGAUGUCUGAAUGUGAAAUGUUGGGAAGGGAAAUUGGGUUACCAAAAAGGGUUGUGCAAGUGUGGUUUCAAAACGCGAGAGCCAAAGAGAAAAAAGGGAAAAUCGCCCUUCAAAAAGUAUUAGGGAGUACAGACAAUGACACACCUCAAUUACCAGAAGAUUGUAAAUAUUGUAUGUUCAAAUACUCCCAUAAAUAUUCCAUUCAAGACCAUAUAUUUACGAAAAGCCACAUCGCCAAUGUUAAAUCCCAUUUGGAAAACGCGACUAAAGAUGGAGUCAACGAUGGUGAAUUCCAAGUACCUCCGAUACCAACACCUUCGGGUUCCAUUCCUGCCGAUUCCACAACGCACCCACAACAGAAUACCAACAACAAUACACACCUCCAACUUCUCCAAAUGGCCGGUAUUCACAUGCAGAACAAGGGCAAUGAAGUUGACGAGAACAACCAGGAGGCCUUCUUCCAACAGCUGUACCAAAUGGGUGCGAAUAGUUCCUAUGGCGGUCAAAACCAGUUCCUGCAGCACCCCGUCUUCACCGGUAACGGGGGAGCCGGAGGACUGCUUUUAGAUACCGGGUCAACAACAUCAUUUCUACCACUACCAUCAUUGAUCCUCGAUCAAAUGUCAACCGGAAACACCGAUCCAGGAGUGACAACACUACGAAUCUCGGAUUCGCCGUCAUUGAGAACAUCGGGUUACAGCGAUUUGCCGUUAAAAGAAAUCGAUGUUGAGGUGUGUUUCGUGUGCAAGAAGUGUCGGGUGGCUUACACAACCGAAUCCUCACUAUUAACACAUCAACGUCAGUGUUAUGGUGGCGGUGGUGGUAUCUCAGAUUCUCGCGGUGUAUUUAGGAUCGUGCAAACAUCGUUCGAGUGCAAAUUGUGCGACGGUUCGGAUCGUUACAAAAGUAUCGUUGAGUUUAAGAAACACUGCGAAACCCUUGAGAAUCAUCAUAAAUUCUUAAAAACGGCGACCGCGGUUUCGGUUUCGACGCUUCCGCCGCCGUCCGAGUCGCCUCUCAGUCACGAAAUGGAGGAUGUUGUCAAUCAGAUUACGUUGAUCGCCGCUCGAACCGCUCAGCAAACGGUUCCCGAUCAGAAUUCAAAUAAUUUCUGUCAACCUGCUGAACCGAAGAGGAGGUUUAUGGCACAAAGUGAUGGAUUAUCUCAACAACAACCACUUACCAGCGCUGGACAUUAAAGAUUAUGACGUUUAUAAUUAGGUAUUUUCGUUUUUUCUUUUUUAAUUUUUAUUUUGAGUAUUUGGAAAGGAAUGAACAAAAAAAAAACGUAAUUGAGUUCCUAAUCGUAAAAAUUUCCUAACAAAUUGAAAGAAAAGAACAACAAAAAUAAGCAAUGAAU